CCUGACGUUUCACUUUAGUAUUUAUUGGUGGAAGAUUUCCUUUUGUAUGUAAUUUCUUCUAAUAAACGAUAUUUUACAAAAUAUUUAUAAUAAUAUCUAGGUAUUCAGUUAGAAUUAAAUUGUUUAUCCAUAUUGUAUGUGCAAUGUAAUUAUACGGUAAAAUUUAGUAUCUGAAUUUUUCAAAAUGAGUUACCAAGAUGAAUAUGUGGGUUCCUUUCCAAAGGACUUUAGUUAUGGACCGUUUGAGCAAAAUGGUGAAAGUGAUAAUGGAUCAUUACAGGAAGAUCAUAAACCCAGAAUUCUUCUUAUGGGUCUGAGGAGGUCAGGAAAAUCUUCAAUUCAAAAAGUAGUUUUUCACAAGAUGUCACCGAAUGAAACAUUAUUUUUGGAAUCAACAAACAAAAUUGUUAAAGAUGAUAUCAACAAUAGUAGUUUUGUACAAUUUCAAAUAUGGGAUUUUCCAGGUCAGAUAGAUUUCUUUGAUGCAACAUUUGAUUCUGAUACCAUAUUUGGUGGAUGUGGUGCACUCGUUUUUGUUAUUGAUGCCCAGGAUGACUAUCAAGAUGCCCUAGAUAAGUUACAACUGACAGUAACUAAGGCAUAUAGAGUUAAUAGCAAUAUCAAAUUUGAAGUUUUUAUUCACAAAGUUGAUGGCCUUAAUGAUGACUACAAAAUGGAAACACAAAGGGACAUACAUCACAGAGCCACAGAAGAUUUGGCAGAAGCUGGCCUUGAACAUGUCCACUUAUCAUUUCACUUGACUUCCAUUUACGAUCAUUCAAUAUUUGAAGCUUUCAGCAAAGUAGUACAAAAGCUAAUACCCCAACUGCCUACAUUAGAAAACCUUCUCAAUAUUUUAAUAUCUAAUUCAGGGAUAGAAAAAGCGUUUCUAUUUGAUGUUGUUUCUAAAAUCUACAUUGCCACCGAUAGUUCUCCUGUGGACAUGCAAAGUUAUGAACUCUGCUGUGAUAUGAUAGAUGUUGUUAUUGAUAUAUCAUGUAUAUAUGGCAUGGUUGAUGAUACGGAAGCCAAUACAUUUAAUAGUCAAAGUUCAAGUCUCAUAAAGUUAAACAAUGGGACGGUUUUAUACUUGAGAGAAGUAAACAAGUUUUUAGCACUUGUUUGUAUUUUACGAGAGGAAAAUUUUCAGAAACAAGGCGUUAUUGACUACAAUUUCUUAUGCUUUCGGGAUGCGAUUACGCAAGUGUUUGAAUUGCGUAAUAAAUCACAAAAUGCAGUCAUAUCACGAAGCGACAUUGAUCUUCCUAAUGGUGCAGGCGAUUCGGUCGACAAUACUACAAGCCACCCAGCAUUACCUUUACCAUAGCACAAUAUACAUCAUCAUUCUCGUUACCCCUAAAUACAAAGUUUAUCAUUUCAUUUUAUAUGUACAUCAGAUAUUAAGUGUAUACCUAUUGUAAAGAAAGAAAAUAUUAUUAUAAAGAACAUGUUUAUUUUCA